UUCCCUCCUCUCUCUCUCUCUCAUAUUUCUCCACUCUGCUUUUCUCACACACUGUAACCCCAAAUCCAAUACUCUCACUCUCUCUCUCUCUCUCUCUGUGUCAGAAACACAUACAUACAUACAUACACACAAUGCAGGACAUAUUUGGAUCAGUCCGUCGAUCACUGGUGUUCCGUACAGCCCCACCAGAAAGCGAUGAUUCACCAUCAUCGCAAUCACCGUCACCAUCACCGUCACACUCACCACUGCCAUUACCACUAGUCGACAAGAUCAAUUCUUGCAUUCGUAAAUCCAGAGUCUUCUCCAAACUCUCUUCUCCUCCUCCUCCUCCGCCACCGCCACCGAUCCGAUGGCGAAAAGGCGAGUUGAUCGGCUGCGGCGCAUUUGGGCGCGUCUACAUGGGCAUGAAUCUUGAUUCCGGGGAGCUCCUAGCUGUCAAACAGGUUCUGAUUGCAGAAAAUAGCGCUUCAAAGGAGAAAGCUCAGGCACAUAUCAGGGAGCUUGAGGAAGAAGUGAAGCUUCUAAAGAAUCUCUCCCAUCCUAACAUUGUUAGAUAUUUGGGUACCGUGAGGGAGGAGGAAACCUUAAAUAUUCUGUUGGAGUUUGUCCCUGGUGGAUCAAUAUCUUCACUUUUGGGGAAAUUUGGAUCUUUCCCUGAGGCUGUUAUAAGAACAUACACAAAACAGUUGUUAUUAGGACUGGAGUAUUUACACAGAAAUGGAAUCAUGCAUAGGGACAUUAAGGGGGCAAAUAUUCUUGUAGAUAAUAAAGGAUGCAUUAAACUUGCAGAUUUUGGUGCAUCCAAACAGGUUGUUGAGCUGGCUACUGUUUCAGGUGCCAAGUCUAUGAAGGGCACACCAUAUUGGAUGGCUCCUGAAGUCAUUCUCCAGACUGGGCAUAACUUUUCUGCUGAUAUAUGGAGUGUUGGAUGUACUGUAAUUGAGAUGGCCACUGGAAAGCCCCCAUGGAGUCAACAGUACCAGGAGGUUGCUGCUCUGUUCUACAUUGGGACAACGAAGUCUCAUCCACCGAUCCCUGAGCAUCUCUCUGUUGAAGCAAAAGAUUUUUUGCUGAAAUGUUUGCAAAAGGAACCAAAUUUGAGGCCUGCUGCAUCCGAGUUGCUCCAGCAUCCCUUUGUUACUGGUGGACAAGUGGAAUCUCAUCCUUCUUAUCGUACUUCUGUCACGGAGAAUUCUGAAACCCCUUCUUUACCCACUGCCACAGAUCAUGCGACUUCUAAGAUGUCAACUAGCCCUGGAUCAACAGAUCUUUGUAAUUUGGAUAGUCUGCGUUGCUCAACUGCAUUUCUUGAGAAGUCUUCAGAAAAAAUGCAUAUUUGGGAAUUGAACAACAGUGAUGAUGACAUGUGUCAGACUGACAAAGAUGAUUUUACAGUGCAGGAAGUAAAGAUUGGUUCUUCUUUGAUGCCUGAGAACUUAAAGAGUUUCAACCCCAUGCGUGAGCCCACUGAUGGCUGGGGGUGCAAAUUCGAUGCAAGUCCAGAACCAGAACUAACAGGAAUAAAUCCAGACACUAAAGAACAGAUUUCUCAGGCUGCUGAUUGCUCUGGGGUUUUUGGUGAGGGGGACAAAGAUUUUUCAUUUCCUUGUGGCCCGUCACUUUCUGAGGAUGAUGAUGAACUUACUGAGUCAAAAAUCAGAGCCUUUUUGGAUGAGAAGGCUUUUGAACUGAAGAAACUGCAAACACCUUUGUAUGAAGAGUUUUACAACAGUUUGGCAGCUUGCUCUCCAAGUUUUACGGAGAGUACACGUGAUGAAACUACCCCAAAGUAUUUGAAAUUACCUCCAAAAAGCAGGUCGCCGAGUCGAGGUCCAACUGGUGCUCCAUCUCCAACAGUUGAUUCCUUUAAUACUGGAAGCCCGGGAAGUAAUAGCAGGCAUGUGUCAAAUAUUGGCAAUGCAAGUGAUCAAAGUUCACAGGAUAAUCCUUCACCUCCGCCUAGUGAUUGGAGAGGACGUGUAGUUGAUGCUCAGCAAGAGCCCAAUAGUCCAAGUAUGAGCUUUUCCGAGAGACAGAGGAAGUGGAAAGAAGAGCUUGACCAAGAGCUUGAAAGAAAGCGAGAGAUGAUGCGGCAGGCAGGUGUGGGAGGGAAAACAUCUUCACCAAAGGAUCGAGCUUUAAAUCGGCAGAGAGAGCGGACAAGAUUUGCAUCUCCCGACAAAUAAGUUUUUCAAAGAUUUCUUGUUGGCCCUUGAGAGUUGAGUUUUCCCAUUAGGAGUUCAACACAACAGCUGCAGUUUUGGCGAGUGGUAAAAUAUUACUUGGCCUGGCCAGUUUGCAAGCUCUGUGUGAAUACAGCAAUGAUGCAUCUUGCUCACAAUUUCCGUUGUUCAUAUUUUAUGAAUGCAUCCUUGUAUGAUUUGAGGCCUAGUGGUGUAUGUAAGUUGUGCUAUAUAAGCAUUGUUUAGGGUGAUCUCUGGAGAUAAUUUUCCUCUGUAUUCUUGGGUGCUUCUUGUGGGGAUGAGGGAAAUGGAUACAUUUUUUUUUACAUUCGUUUCAAAUGCAUAGAAAUUGUAUUAAUGUAAUAUAAUAGACAUAAUAGCCUAUGAAAAAAUUUCAUGACAC